AUGGACGACUCUAUGGACUACAUCUAUCACCAUCCAGAGCAACACCCGAGCCACGGUCAGCUUCCCUACUCGCAACAACGGUCUAGAUGCCCGUAUUUCAACAGGACAGAGACUCAAGGGCAUCCCGCAAUUUCCCCGCAUCGUUCGACGUCACAUUACGACCCCGUGCACGCUUCAGCUAGUCACUGGCAAUCGCAGGCGCAGAUACAGCCACAUCACUGGCAACCCCAAAUGCUGGGACACCGAGGAACGUCUACACCAUAUCAUCGGCCAGCCAACUCUGUCCCGGAACCUCCUUAUUAUAACCAUGGCCCGGUGCCAAACUUUGGCCAUGCACUGGCCGGCUACCAAGGUCCUUCCCAUGAUAUUGGCGGUCUCCACGCAAUCCAUCCACCCUUUCCCAUCCCACAACUUCCCCCGGUGAGAUACGGAAACCCGACGCCUUUUCAUGCAAACUCUUCCAACUCAAAUCAGUCUGCAACGGCACCCCCAGAAAGCGCCUUUGGGCACCCUCCCGGGCCCCGUAGCAGUGGCCACUUUGACACACUUUCACCCUCGACAGCCGCAACGUCAACACAGCCUCCUUCUGUACAAGACUCUUCAGAAGCGAACAUGGAUAGCCAAUCCAGCAAUGAGUCUGCAGCUUCGGAAUCUUCAACCAGCCAAACCCAGGCGCCUGCAAGCACCAAUAUCCAGUUCGGAUCCUCGCCGCCGUCUUCUGCUCCCCAGCACAACAACCCUACCUUUGCACCUUCUUCAUACCGGCCUAAUCGGCCAGUACCUGGAGGUGAAAUAUUUGCGGCUACGCCAAAUGGUUUGCCCUUGUCCGGUGUUGCACAUGCUCGGUCAGAAGGUUCUUCGACCGGAUCCUCAAGCUCAUCAAACAACUCAGCUCCAGUCGCACCAGCUGCAGAACGCCGACGAGUCCCGACAACCGCACGACGCACCCUGUCGCGGAGACAGUCGCCGCCGUCAGAUCGGGAGUAUGAUCAUGAGGGGGAGAUGCGGAUGCUUGAGCAUUUUAUUGUCCACACGGGGAAUCGAUUGAUGGGUCAUGAUAUCGAUGACAAUCACAUCCGGGCUGCUCAGUUCCUGCGUGGUUCUGUGUCCACUAAGAUGGUCGCGUCCACAUCAGCUAUUCAGUCCCUGCAGAGCGUGGCAACUGCGGAUCUUUCCGAAAGCGAAAGAACAUGCGUAAUCUGCUACAAUGAGUUUGGCGUUGAGACACCUGAAGGGGUGAAGGAGGCACCUCUCCGACUGCCAAAGUGUAAGCACGUAUUCGGCGACCACUGCAUUAAGAAGUGGUUUGAGGAGUCGGACAGCUGCCCUUAUUGCAGGAGUAAAGUGCCGUCGGAGCCCAGAAUGACAUCCACAAACAGCGCAUUCAAUAACUUGUUCCGCACUCGGGGUAUUGUGAGGGAAAGAGAUUCUACCCAUGGACAGGAUGAAUCGAGUCGUAAUUCCGCAGCAGCCUCCACUCAUGGCGAACGCCGGUCGCCCCCAGCUGACAGCGGAGAGACUCGACGGAGGAUUAGACCACGACAUGGCAGCUUCCGGGGACCGGGCUCUCCACCCUUCAGUGGCGGCCGCCCAGGAUCUUUUGGGGGCGCUUCUUCAGCUACUCAUGAAAGAAGAGCACAUGCCCUCGUCGCCGGUCGUACACAUACAUCAAAUGCACCGAGCCGGAUGACUAGCGGAGGCCCGCCACAGUUCCCUUUUCCUGUGGGAAACAUUACCCAUUAUCACAUUCCGAGCUUUGGGGUACCCUCCGAAACAUCUCCUGCUGCUCAAGCAAUGCCGCCUUAUGUACCGCCGGUGCCCCAUGGAUUCCUCCAAGCAGGGCAAAAUGCUCCGUUUUCUAACUUGAACCGCAACUCCCUGCCGGCCCCACCUCCUGGCAACUGGCAUAGCGGAAGCCCCACGAUGCCGGAGGACAUGCAUCGCCGCAUGAUGGUCGGUGACAACAAUGCCGUGCCUCAGACUAAUGGACCACCGCACUGGGGACCGCAGUAG